CUUCGACAGCGCCCAGAGAUGCCAGGCCGCCAUGGAAAGUACAUCCUCUGAAGACAUGAGCACCGCGCAGUCAUCACCGCUAGACACGAGCGAGGGAAUCAUGUGGCCUGAUUCGACCAUGCCGCUCGAGCUGCUCAGUCGAUUGCAAACCCCCGACACAAUUCCAGAAUCGGAUGACUUUCCAUGGCCGCAUGACAUCCCAAGGCCACCGCUUGAAUCCAGUAUGCCGGAUCCAACUCUGCCGCUCAUUCCCGUUCCUGUGCCCCCUGUCACUCCGCUGCAUCCACACCGCACUCCAACCAUAGAGAAACCCAAGAUGAUCAAGAUUCCCCCUGCCGAACAGGAAAUCACUCGCAUGCGGCGCGAGUCGUACGUGAUGUUCCUAAAAAAGAAACACGAGCAAAACGUGCAGCCGCCACCAACCCGGAACGUGCUUCGAGAUUUCCCCUUGACCGAAGUACCGCUGUACGUGCCUCCAGACCGCUUGGAAGAUGAAGUGAUGGCCUCCCACGACUGCGCCGCCGUCGAAGAAUGGGUGAAUGUCCACCUGACCAAAGGCAUGACGCAGCUGAUUCCCGUGUCCGAUGCGUACUUGGCCGCGUCCGACCCGAGAAAACAAGUUGCGAUGUACCAGAGCAAGCUUGAAUACAGCGACGUGACGCAGUUGAACGUGAUUUCGUCGACGGAGAAGACGCCACUACAGGGCGCCGGGAUCGACUCGGGCUCGCUCCUUCGGCUGGGCAUGCCCAAGCCGUUGGUGGAGCGAAUCUACCGCGGGUUGUUUGUGUACACGAGCGGCUUCCACUCGCUGAUUCACGAUAUUGGCCGGCAUUGUCCAGCGUACGCGGAAAGUCACAUCGCGGCCAACAUUUGGCUCGCGUUUUUGCACUUGCUCGAAAAAUGCGAAGACGGACGCUAUGAAAUGGCCAUGCUCAAAUUCAACCACGCCACGAGCAUUUGGAAAAAGAACAAGAUGAAGGAGUACGAGCUUGAAAGGGACGCGCUGACAUCAGAAGUGGCCAAAACAAAAGGCGCGCUCCAAGUGGAAAAGGAGCACGUUGCCGACACGCUCAACAAGCUGGCAGAUCAAGUCGAAGUAACCCGACAAGUCAACGAUAAAAUGCAACACACCCAAGACAAAUUUGGGGAUUUUGAAGAGGAUAUUCGCAUGUUGAAAAUGGAGAUUAUGGAUUUAGAAGACAAGCUGGCCCGGAAAACCGACGAGCAGAUCCAAACCAACUCGGCCUUGUCGCUGGCGUUGACUCUAAAGUCGGACGUUGAAAACGAAGUGGCCAACCACAAAGCUCAAAUUGUGGUCGUGCAAGACAAGUUGGACAAACUUGAAGUCAACAAGGUUCGUACGUCCAACCGCAUCCGCGAGCUUCAAACCACGUCCCAAGCGCUGCGAGACACGGUGGAUACGUUGAAGAACGACGUCCGGCUGCUCACGAUGGACAAGACCAAGCUCACAGCGGACCGAACGCUGUACUUGGACAAGUCGACAGUGUUGGACAAGGACGUCGAGAGGUUGAAAUCGCAGCUGGUGGAGCUCGGGGCGAUGGCCGCGUCGCAAAAGAUCGACCUCGACGAGCGCGAUGCCACGAUCUUGUCGCUGACGAACGCGAUGGAAACCGACCGCAACGUGUUUGUGUCGCUGCAGAACGACAUUGCACGCCUCACGGCGUUGUCCCACCAGCAAAAGCUCGACAACGGCGUGCUGGAAGCGCAGGCUCAGCUGCUGCUCAUUGAAAAGAAAAACGCGAGCCAAAAGGAAGGCGACAAAGCCCGCAUCGAGCGCCUGCUCAACAAAAAGGUCGAGCUCGAAAGCGAAAUCGAGUUGCUGCGCCAGGAAAAGGAACAAGGCCAAGAGCAAAUCUGGAACUUGCGCGCGUCCAUCGAGGCACUGGAGAACGACUUGCACCAUUCCAAGCGCGCAUACGCGAGCAGUCAGACGUCGCUGGCCCAGGCAGAGCGCAUCUGCGAGCACAUGCGUGGCCAGCUGCAAGAGAUGGAGCGAGCCAACGACCGAUUGACAGCCACGUUGGCGAGUCAAAAGCAACAGUCCAAGAUGCUCGACGAUGCGUCGAGAGAACAAGUCGACAAGAUGGAAAUGGAGCUGCGGGUCGUCAUGGGUCAAAUGCGCGAAAUGGUGUACACGCGGCGCGAAAACGAAGCCCAAAUCAACGACCUGAGCAAGUCGCUGGAAGCCAACAGCGUCGAACUGCGCCUGAACAAGCAGCGCAUUGAAAAAGGCGACAAGGCGCUUGCCGCUAUGACGUUUGAGCGCGACACGCUGCUGCGGGACAAACGCAUCGCGCAACUCGAACACAGCACGAACCAAGCGAUGGUGAAUCGAUUGAAUCAAGCCACGGUGCAGCUCAUGGAGAAGAUCCGGCUCAACGAGGUCAACUACGACGAAGCGAUGGAGGAGCUCAAAGAGCACUACGACAAUGCGUUCCGGGCGCCACCGCAAUUGAGUUCAUCGUCGUCGGGCGUGGAUUUGCUGUCGACUGUGCAAAACUCGCCCCGCCCGAGCAUGAAAGGCGGAGGCAACUCCAUGGGCAUGCAGUCCAGUGUGUCGGGGCUGUUGGACCUCAUUGCCAUGCAAGCGGGGGGAGAUGGCGGCGACAAGGGGGGGCACGGCAGGGAAGGCCAGAGCCGCAUCGCCCGACCGCGUCGACGGUCCCUCAAGGGCGGGGCCAUUCCGCGUCAAAAUGAAUUCACGAUCGUCGAGUUGACGGGGCAGUUGAAGCAACGCAAUGCAACCAUUGCUCGCAUGGAAGAAACGAUCGAAGAUGGUCGGUUCGCUCUGCAGAUGGAAAAGGUCGCGAUGGGGCGCGAGAAGGAACGCACGGCGCGGUUGGAAGAGUGCCUGGACAUGGCCCAAGAAGACUUAACGACGCUCAAAGUCGCGAGUUAUGAUCGCCACAAGUCGCUCACGCUAUUGUUGCUGCAAACUGAAAGCGACCUGAAGGACCACAAGGCUCGCGUGCAAAUAUUAAGGUCAUACCUGCGCGACUACAAGACGUACUUGGACUGUAUGGGCAUGCAUGCCGAAGACUCGCGGGGGUCGCUCAUGAUUGUGCGACGCAAGUUUAUCACCCGUGUUGAUGAGGAAGUCCAAGCUACCGAGGACAUGGCCGACAACGCCACGCAAACAUACCCCCCCCGUCGGUCUCCGAUCAAGGAGCGCGCCAAGCUAAAGCAAACCAUGUUCACGUCACCCGAAUCCGCCGCCAACGACGUGCUCAACAACAUCACGGACCUCCUGCCUGACGAAGAGUUGGACAAUCACUUCUUCUCGCUCACUCAUCACGGCGAUCUGGCGACGAAGGAUUACAGACAAGGCCAUUUGCUUGAAUCCCACCGCGUGAACCGGUUCCAUCCGCUGCCGCAACUCUCAGGUCCGUCAACCGACGGUCGAAACGCAUGUCGAAGUGGUGAGUGCGACGUAAACCACGCGGCCGUUCGGGGCCAGAUUGCCGUGCAAUUUCGAAACGAGUUUGGGUUUAUCCACCGCGUGGCCGAGUCGAACGUGUCCCCUUUUGUGUUUGACUCUGCACCCGCCGCCAAAAAAGAGAGGCAACCCCUGUCUGUGGCGGAAAAGCUGGCGCGAGAGCUGCAGAUCCAGGAAAACGAACGCCUCACGCAGGAGAUAACGGCGUCUGACUUUGGCAAGUCGUCGUCGACUCGUCCGCCAGGCCGACCAUCUCCUGGCGGCCCCAAGAAGGCUACGGUGAGGACCCAUCGUAACGGGAUGGACAAGCGCGCGGCUGGUCCACCUGACCCGGCCGAGGGAGUUCCAAACCAGCCUCGCCCUGCACCCCCAACGAAUUCCAAGAAGCAAACUCGACAUGUGAAACCUCGCUCAAAUAACCCAAGCCACGCUGCAUUUGACGUCGCAUCGGCGCAGACCGAAGCGGAAGCCGACUUGCUCAUGCUGGAAUCGAUAAGGGCGAGGGAACAUGCAACGCCGUAUACGCCAGAGGUUGGUCGAAGGAGGCGAGAACCGCAGUACGACGACGAAGACAACGAGAGUGACGACGAUGGACUCAACCUUGGCAACUUCUUCGUCGAGGAAGGCGGCAUGCUGAAGCGGCGGGCGACGGGGCUAGACGGCCAACGGAUACCGAGCCUCUUGGAGCAGAAAGUGAAGGAAUCACGAGCGAACGAAGCCAUGCGGGAGGCAACAUCGCCGACGUUAAGACUGGUGGGUUGGGAGCUCGGGCGUCAAGCAGACAAGGACGAUACUUCGCCAAGCCUCACAUUGCCGCCGAUAUUGUACCCGAUAACAAAAUCAUAAUGAACGAUGAAG